UGAUCUUUGAGGACAUGGUGGUGGAUCAGCAGCCAGUCAAGGCAGCAGGAUAACAACACAGCAGAGAUCUCUAUUUCAACAACUGGGAUCUUUUUUGAAGGCAAUACAUAUCUGCAACGACAACUCCUGAGUUCUCAGGCAUACCACGAGAGAGAGAUCCGGAUUUUACCACUGUGACUUGUUUUGGAGAAGAAGAAAAAAGACCUGAGGUGGAGCUGCACUGGAAUCGCAUUGCCUUCUAACGUUAGCCAGCUGGCUAACAUGCAGCUUUAGUGUUUGAAUUUGCACGAAAACAAGACUCUGGGAUAUAUCGAGCUGGAAUUUGCGUGGACUGCCACUAUCUCGACCACUUUAACAUCCAAUUACUCGCAUGCAGUUAAAGUCAUGCUGGCGUUUCACCCUACAGACAUAGCCGGUUAGCUAGCUACCUCCAAAGGACCGACUCGUUGGCGCAGCUGCAAGCCGAACCCACGGCGCUUUUGGUCGGCUUGAGGACCAACGCCAUGCCGCGGGUUGAAACCGGCCCAUCCCUAGAGCUAACUUCAGGAAGCUAACGCUAGCUGGGUACAGCAGGCCGCUUCAGAUGGUCGUUAUCAUUCCCAAGUCGGCUAAUUAGAUAAGUCAAAACUCAGACUCUUGAAGCACCUUUACCUUUCAUUCUGCACGGUGCUUUCAUUUUUUAUACGCCCAGCGGCACACGUAGCUAAUGCCGGGUAAUCUGCUAAUUAGCUAGCUAGUUGGUUAGCGAGCAAUGUAAAGCCAACGGUAGCUUAUCGGUUAGUUGUUGUUUACAGUGUGCUAGCAUGCAAAUUACAAGCUACAGUUAGCUUGGAAGCUAAGUUGGAGUGGUGCUGGUGCGGUAAUUAACUUUAUUCCCGCUUAUUAAACUAAGGUACGUUUGUUGUGUGUGUGGAGUAAUUUGAAUUAACUAGCCAUAUACACGUCAGUACAGCUAAUGUCAAAUUCACUGUGGGCAUUCAUGUUUGAUUUUAGCAUUAUCCAGGCUACCAUAUGACUGAGAGAUGCGCGACAUUAAAGGUUAGCUUGGAUGGGAUUAUUUAGGUUGGCACAGCCACACAUGUAAACAAGUCUGACUGCGUGCACGGUUUUGGUUAGUUAUUUCAUUGCAAGGUGUCGCUACGUGUCAAUCAAGAGUAUGUGCUGUUAUCUGGACGUCAGUUGUGCGUUUUAAAGCUGCUACUUUGAACAUAUGUGCCACCAAUUAUCUUCACACAGACACUAAAGGGCAUGGGAGUCUUUGACCUCCUGGAGCAUAGCGAGACAUAUCAGCCAUUCAUUCAUGAUUGAUGACCUUUGAGGAAGCAGACUGUCCUUUAUCCAUUUUCCACUACUGCUGCUGAACACUGCACCGAACCACUAACAGCCUGUCUCGUAGUAUUUAUUUUUAACCACUAAUGUAGCAGCGAGGAGGGAUUUUUUUUUUUAGUGUUAGUUUUAGCAGUUUAAGGUCUCACUGGCGUGGAUGGGAACAUGAGGAGCUCCCUGUCUGAUCUGAACCAGCUUCCCAGUAGCUUGAAGGUCUGAUCAAAGCACAACAGAGAGCCCCAUUGUGUGGACUGAGAGCUGAAGAGGAAAGAGACGAUGAUGGGGAUGAUGAUAAAAGAGGCCCAGUGACAGCGUUGAUCUCCCCGCACCAGGAAGCAGAGGAGUGUCUCAAAGGCUGCAGACAUGAGUCUCCGCCAACCCACCUCAACGCUGGACAGGCUCAGCAGUCUGACCAUCGGGGACUCGGAGCGCAAAUCCUCUGCUACCCAGCAGAGGGAGCCAACAGUCGACUUCCCUGCUGAGAGUACGGGCACUGGUCUUGUCCAGAGAUGUGUGGUCGUGCAGAAGGACCAGCUCGGCUUCGGCUUCACAGUAUGUGGAGAGAGAGUCAAGCUAGUGCAGAAUGUCCGACCAGGUGGUGCAGCAGUCAAGGCCGGGGUCCAAGAAGGGGACCGAAUCAUAAAGGUGAACGGCUCGCUGGUGUCCUCCAUGUCCCAUCAGGAGGUGGUAAAGCUUAUCAAAUCUGGAACAUAUGUAGCUCUGACACUACAAGGGCCGCCUCCUUCAGCCGCCUCCCUGCCCCUAGAGCCCCUCCCCACUGACCUCACACCCAAUCAAAGAACGUCGCUGGGUGGAGAGGCCCCACCCCCUCCACCUCCACCCCUGCCCUCUGGACUGAGCAGCACCCCAUCCCAAAGAAUCACUGGACCCAAACCACUACAGGACCCAGAAGUGCAGAAACAUGCCACUCAGAUACUCAGGAAAAUGCUGGAGCAGGAAGAGGCGGAACUGCAGGAGUUGAUGGAGGAGCAGUUGAGGAACCCGUCGUCGUCACUGGGGGAACGGAUAGAAAGUGCCAAGAGGAGAGCUCACCAAGUCAGAGUCAAGAUUCAGCAAGAUCUGGAGGGAACACGAUCAGAAUGUGCCACGAGCUACGUCAUAGCAGGAGAAGGUCGACUAUCAAUGGAUUCAAGCGAAGGAGACAAUGAGGCCUUUGAAAGUCCCCACUCCUCCCCCUCAUCCUCCUUCAGGACACCACACCACCGACGGCAGAACUCCGACACACACACCCUGUCUGAUUCGGGCGGAAAGGCCCAGAUCAUUGGCCCCGAGGAAGAAGAUGAAGAAGAUGACGGCUAUGCAUUUAAUGAGAUGGACGGUCCAUUUCAGGACAUUGAGUUGCUGAAGACCCGACCGGCACACAUGGCGGUCUUCAUGAGAUAUGUCUUCACCCAGCUUCUGGACCCCAACCCUCUGCUGUUUUACCUGUCAGUGGAGGCCUACCUGGGCUCCAGCCCUAAAGACGCCCGCGCACUUGCACCUCAGAUCUGCUCCCAUUACCUGGACCCAGAUGCUCCCCUGAAAAUCAAAGUACGAGAGGAGUAUCUCACAGAUAUAGAAAGUCGACUUCACGCCCAGGAGGACAUCAGAGGACCUCUGUCUGAGCUGCAGCAGCAAGUGUUGCCAGACAUCCAAUACCAGAUACAGGACUACAGGAACAAGCAGAUGAUGGGCCUGGGCUCUCUGUUUGGAGAAGGAGACCUACAGCAGUUGGAUGGAGACCCGGUGAAAGAGAGACAGGUGGUGGACAGACAGGUCACCGCCCUCUGGGAAAUACUAUCGAAGCACGAAGAGGACAGAAGUUCUCCUCUGGCGUCAGCCGUACAUCUAUACCUGCGUCAUUCUGGAAUCAAGCUAAGGGACUCCAAGGUCUUCCCUGGUCUGAGCACAGAGAAGGAGAAGUGGCUUGCUUUCCUAAAGACGAAAAAGCUGAGUGGUACCAAGAAAGAGAAAGAUGGAGAGGAUAAAAAGAGAAAUCCCAUCCUGAAGUACAUCGGCAAACCCCGAACCACAUCCCAGUCCACAUUCCAUGUCCCGUUGUCCCCCACUGAAGUCCGCCCUGGCAGUGUGAGGAACAUCAUUCAGCAGUUUGAGAAUCACACAGAGACAGGAGAGGAGGGAGGGGAUGCUGCCGACCCCCAGAGGCUCUCCACCAGCAGCCUGGGAGAAGACAGCAUGGACAGCCCCACGAUCUCCGUGCGUCUGGCACGCAGCGAGUCGUUGAAGGCUCAGGGAGAAGGCCGCCGGCGGGGCGUGGUCUCAGGGACGGAUUCUGUCCCUCGCUCUCGUAGCGAUGUGGACAUGGAGGACUGUGGGGAGGAGAGGGAGGGGCCAGGCCUCAGGCCACUGCAGCACAGCACGUCAUCAUCUGCAUCCAGCAGCUCUGCACGGUCUCUAGAGAACCCUACACCCCCAUACACCCCUCGGUCUAGACGCAGGAGUGUGGACUCACCGCUGGCCCUGCUGCCCGAUGCUGCGGCGCUGGAGGAAGAGGUGUGCGAUGGUCAGAACUGGCAGGACACCGUUUCCCCGCAGCUCCUUGCCACACUCAGUCCGAGGGAGGUGGACAGACAGGCCGUCAUAUAUGAGCUAUUCACCACUGAGGUGUCCCACCUGCGGACCUUGAGGGUCCUAGACCAGGUAUUUUUCCAGAAGAUGAGGUCUGUGCUGAACUCCGAUGAGCUGGCCUGCAUCUUCCCCAACCUGCCCCAAGUCUAUGAACUCCACGCAAGUCUGUGCGAAGCGAUGAAGAAGCGAAGAGAAACUCCCAUCGUUCAGGACAUCGGGGACGUUAUGCUGGCCAGGUUCGAAGGUGCAGCCGGAGACGAGUUUCAGGAACACGCGUCGCAGCUGUGCAGCCAGCAGUCUCAGGCCGUGGAGCUGAUUAAGAACAAAAAGCGUAAAGACCCUCGCUUCGCUCACAUUAUCCAGGAGUGCGAAGCGAGUCCUCACUGUCGGAGGCUGCAGCUCAAAGACCUGCUGGUGUCAGAGAUGCAGAGACUUACUAAGUACCCCCUGCUGCUGGACAACAUCAUUAAACACACAGAGGCUGGUUCGUCGGACCUCCCCUCACUUCAGCGCGCCCAGGCUUGUUGCCGAGGGAUACUGCAGGUCGUUAACGAGGUUGUCGGUGAAACAGAACAACGGCAACGCCUCAGCCAAUACCAACGCAGGCUGGACGCUGCCCCUGUAUUCAAGAGUCUGGACCUCACCACCAAGAGAAUGAUUCAUGAAGGUCCUCUUACGUGGAAAGUCAGCAAAGACAAGCAGAUCGAGAUUCAAGCGCUGCUGCUGUCAGACUGCCUGGUCCUUCUACAGAGGGGCCCAGACGACCGGCUACAGCUUAAGUAUCCAUCCCGCUGGCUGGGUGGAGGCAGCGGAGACAGCAAGACCUCCUUCAGCCCUCUUGUGAAGCUGGACUCUCUGCUGGUCCGCUCGGUGGCUACAGACAACAGAGCCCUCUACAUCAUCAGCACCACAGAGAGGCAGAUCUAUGAGCUGGUGGCUGGGACGUCAUCAGAGAAAAACACCUGGAAAGAUUCACUUGAAAAGACCAUCUCAUCGGCUGGUGGUUCGUCACCCCUGAUCAAUCAUGGAUCCAUGCCUUUAUCUAGUUCCCCCAGUCUGCGCAGUGCAUCCCCAGUGUCAACUGGCAGCAAUGUCUAUGCAGACAACUCCAUGACGGAGCAGUCAGAUUCCAUGGAGCCUCAUUCUUCCAACGACGACAUAGAGCUCUCAGCAAACACACCUACGGACCAAUCAGGAGCUUUCCUCUGUGGGGACAGAAAACCAGUUGGUGUGGCAGAGGCCGCUUUACAAGACGUUGAAACACUAAGGCAGCUCAUACUACGAGAUUUGGAAGAGGACGGUUGGAGCCACGACUCAGACGACACGCCCACCAACGAGACGGCAAACGAAAGGAGCUCGUUCACUGAGAGACAGCGGCCAGAGUCUCUGGAGACCGUCCUCAACUUCAGCACCAACGAAUGGGAGGCAGACCCUGAAGAGGUCCCGCCCCCAGAAGCAGAGCAACCCAGCAUUCAGGUCGUACGGAAAGCUGUGGUUGCGGGUCCUUCUUCUUCUUCCUCUGUCCCUGACGACAUCACUGCUGAUGUCACCCUCCCCUCCGACCAGUCGUCCAAGCCGAGAGGCGAGGCCACUACGCAGGGGAACACUUUCUACUUGGUAAUGCCUACAGAGCAGGGAGAGACCACCACUGAUGACCUCAAUGACCCUCCUACCCCCACCGCCAGCCACUUCCCACAACCUCUGGAGGAAGUGAUAUCACCACAGACGCAGCCAGAGGAGGAAACGCCCACCUGUGGUCCAGAAUCCAGUCAAUCAGAGGCUAUGCAACCGGAACAGGAAGAGGAAACCGGCCAGUCACAGGCUGGGCACCAGAGCCACGUGAUCAAAAAUGUAGAUGAGAUUUUCCUCACGAUUGAGGGGUUAACGAGCAAGUUGCGGCAGCUGAAGGAAAUAGAAAAGUCCCAUCACAAGCUUUUGAAAACCCUCAGAGAGCCUUUUGUCAAUCAGGAGUCAGAGGACCAACAGUGUCACUCGGCAACCGUCUCUAGAACACCAUCUUUGGAUCGUGGCUCAGGAGACGGCAAAGAGGGAAGUCCAGCAGAACCCAAGAUUCAGUCGACUGGAUUCUGACCUCUGGAUUUACUCGCAGUCACUCAAUCUUGAUUGUUGGCUUACGGACGCACAUAUAUGUACCCACAGUCAGACUCGGGCACCUCAGCCCUGCCUCCCGUCGCCCCUCGUCCCUGCAUGCACUGGCCAGUAGAACAGAACCCAGGACGGACCGUAGCUGUUUUUUUUUUUUUUUGUUUGUUUGCUUCCUGUUGCCCUGGGAUACCAGUAAGCUGGCUGGAUUCACCAGGAUUUCUGAGGUCAGAGCAACUUCUGACUUCUACCAGAGUACGAGGGAGUCCAGGACAGAGUGAGGAAAAACUAUGAAGGAAGAAAAAGGCAGAAGACAAGUUGGCUGACGAAGAGAAAAGGAAAAAGAUGGAAGAACUGAAAGUUGGAAAGAAAAUCACCAAGUUGGAUAUUUGUGAAGGAAAAGGAGUCGUACGUCGAGUUGCUUUAAAGAGCUGGUUGAAAAGACGGAGCAGAAAAGUGUUGAAAUGUUAAUUUAAGGAAUAAUCCGAGGGACCCAUCACCCCUGCACUUUACCCACAAUGCAUCCCUCUGUCGUGUACGUCCACUCUGCUGUGGACAGAUCAGGGACUGGAGAUGCCACUGGCUUUAUUUAGGGGCCGACGUUAUGAGCCAAGAUGGCCUCCGGGGGUCCCCGCCCCACCUCCACUGGUUGCUUUACACUGAGUUCACCUGCCACCACGGCCGAAGGACUGUGUCUAUAUAAUUCAGGUUAUUUGCACUGGGUAAGGAAACCAAUAUCACACACACACCAUUUAACUGCAUCAUUCAUCUCAGACCUUCAUAUCCCUUUCAAACCGGGAGAAACACUAUUGUCAUUGGGAACAGUUGCAGCCACACUGACAUAUCCUUAAGUUCUCCUUUAAGCGGCUGUUUGGAACCAUUAGUGCGACUUACUGAUCAUUACAUGGUUCAUAUUGAUUGUUCAUUUUUACGUUCUGGAAACACUACUGCGCUGUUUACUACUGAAAUGCUGGCAGGUUUUAUUUUCAGCGCUGCUUCAGAGGCAUACAGGGAUCUCAGCGAUUUAAAAAAAAAAAAAAAAAAAAAAACAAAGCUCAGUGGAUUCACACAGCUGUUCGUAUCAUGUAAAGUUGUUUAGGUUUAAGUUUGGGAGAUUUAGGAUAUUUUGGGGGCGAGGUUCAAGACAGGCAAUGUUGACGACGAGUGUGAGGAAAGAGGACAAAUACAGAUUCAAACUGAGAAACUUGAACUUUCACUGCAAACCUGUUUGUCACUCAAUGAAACUGCUGCCAAAUAUCGCCGCUGACAUUGCCUGUCGACACUUCAAGAUACGACUCUCUAGCUUUCUCUCCAGUAUAUAGUGUGUGUGUUAGUAUCGCGGUGAAUACUGUGAACCAGCAACUUCUCCCUUCCAGCAGUUAUACCACACAUAGUGUUCAUAUGUAGCCCACAUCCAAAGCCAUGAAAGGACUGCGCUCUUCACCAAGUAGCUUUACAGUGAGAGAUCCACCACAGAGAACAACUUGUAUUUAUUGGGAGGAAUAAAAAGCUUUGUAAAAUUACACUUUACAAACUCAAGCACAUGGUCCAAGACAAAAAACAAAAAACAGUACUGUAUAUGCAACUAGAUUAAGGAAAUAUUAAUUUAAAGGAAGAGUUUGACAUUUUUGGAAACCACUUUUAUAUCUGUUUGGUAAAUGUCAGAGUUCCCAUGUUCAUUAAAUUUCUGGAAAAGUUAUAAAAUUAGAAAAACUUUUUUGAAAAAUUUUGAAUAUACAUUUUUUUUAGCUAUUGUUUAACAUAUGUUCAUAAAAAUCCCAAAACGUAUAACAUUAUGCUCCUUUCAAUACUUAUUUAAAAUCUAGUGCUGCACUGCGUGAUCCUUAAAAGGUCAAGUGUCACGUGAUACACAUAGAUCGCAUCGGCAUCAUGUCAUUGCUGUGGUGGUGCCCAACAUUGGGGAAUGGAAACACACUGUCACAUCAGGAGGGAAACAGGAAGAUGCUGAAAAGCUUUUCUUUACCGGGUUAACCAAAGCGUUCACACUGAGAUUUGAGCCGCAUAAGGUAGCUGAAUAUUCACUGCCAGUGUGGUAAAUCUGUAAAUGAUGCUGGUGACAGUCACUACUGACGGAUAGCUAAUGUUAGCUUGAGCGGGAGGCUGCUGCAGUACAGUCAUACAGUAUAGCCGCAUCCGACUGUGGUCCCCAACUAAAUCUCAGCUGUCGAUCAAACAGUUGGCUGUUAACAGGUUGGUUAUUUACACACAACACAUAGACUAACGAUUCUUCAUGAUUCAAUCAAACAGAUAUAUGUAUAGAUGUCCAGAUAAGCAAAUUCCAGCCAGUGUGUUGGAUCACUGAUCCACUUGGACGGGGGAAAACUGAAGGGAUAUGAUGGCCGUCAGCCUUAAUUAAUUAAGGUAUCAUGUACGCUCAGAUUUAGGCAAGGUCACAAACUAAAUUGUCAAAAUUAUAAUCCACACAUAUCAAAUUGCAUUCACAUCCAUAUGAUCUUUGGUUUUAUAUCCAUAAAAAAGGGGCGCUUGCUUUGUACCUGUGUGUAGUGAUGGCCAAAUGAGGCCUUAUGAACCACUGUCUUUGUUUUCCGUAGCCACUAGAUGGCACUGUCUGUUCAACAAAGGUUUGAAAACACAUUUCAUUGCAAGUCUUUCAGCCUUUAUCUUUAAACCAAGAGUGCCAUCUGGUGGGGUGAGAAAAUAAACAGAUUGGUUUAUGAGGCUUCAUUUGGCCAUCACUACCUGUAUGUGCUGAUCUGAUCUGUUGGCAUAUGCAGGUGGUUGGAAGGAGAAAUAUCUAACGAGCUAGUAAAGUUAGCAAGUGCUAGGAUAGAGCUGGGCGAUAUGGACAAAAAUUCAUAUCUUGGUAUUUACAAGCUGAGCGGCGAUACACGAUAUUUUGUACGAAAUGGGCUACAUGUUGUCAGUUUCAAGUCAAAGCCACAUUUCAGAUGUCACAAGCACUUUAAUAUAAAUAUGCAGCUGCACAACAGUUACACCUCCAAAACACUAGUCAGUGGUGGGGUUUCUGCAAAGUUUAGUUGAUUCAGAACGCACAUUAAACAUGGCUUAAUAGCAACACUUUCAAACACAAUUACACAAAUCAGCUUCACUAUAACUCCCAGCAUUCACAGACAAACACUUGUUUUAAUCUGGACAUAUUUUCCCCUCAAAUACAACAUGCUAAUGUUGUUAGCACAAGCCUAUGGCAUUUUACAUUGUAUAAAGUAGCCUAGCAGCUAGCGGACUUCUCGUCUACUCAUAUGAAGCCAGGGACAACAGCAACAUUUAACAAAGGUAACUUAACAAAAUUCGGCUCCAUUACAGCUCAGGGUUUUAAAUAUCUAUCUCGCUCGAAAAACGAUAUAUCAUACAUAGUUGGCAUAUCGCCCAGCCCUACGCUAGGACCUUGCUUGUCCACAAAUGCCUCAAGUGUGCAUGUUUAAUAGAUCUACUUGUUUUAAACUACUUAAACGAAGUCAUGGAAAUGGGGUAGAAUAUUAUGAAAAAGUUUAAUUGGUAAAAAUUGUGGGAACCCUGAAAUGUGAAGUUAACGCCAGUGGCUGCUUAGCUUAGCUUGUCUUAGCUUAGAGAAAAUAAUGAAAACAGGGGAAACAGCUAGCUUGGCUCUGUCCAACAAUUACAACCUUCACCUCCCAGCACCUGUAAAGCUCACUAAUGAACACGCUACACCUCAUUUGCUCUUGGAGUCUCUGGGGGUUGCCUUGCUCAGUGAUGAAAGGACUUAAGAAGGUUACUGCGUCUGGCACAUAACUCCACUGUAACACUAAAUUGUGAGUAUUUGUAAGUAUUAAACAAAUGAGAUAUAAGGUGUUAAGUAGUGAGCUUUAAAUGUGUGUGACAGGUGGAUUUUAUAAUCUUUAGACAGAGCCAAGCUAGCUGUUUCCCCCUUGUUUCCAGUCAAUACACCAAGCUAAGCUAGCCAGCUGCUGGCUACAGCUAGUGAUGGCCAAAUGAGGCCUCAUGCACCACUGUCUUUAUUUUCUGAAGCCACUAGAUGGUGCUGUGUGUUCAACAAAGGUUUGAAAGCACACUUCAUUGCCAGUCCUUCAGCCUUUAUCUUUAAACCAAGAACGCCAUCUGGUGGGGUCAGAAAAUAAAGACAGUGGUUCAUGAGGCUUCAUUUGGCCAUCACUAGCUACAGCUCCGCACCUGACAUGUGGAGUGGUAUCAGUCUUUUAUCUAAAACUCAGCAAAAAAGUGAAUGAGUAUUUCCCAAAAUGUCAAACUAUUCCUUCAACUAUUUUUGGAUCCUGUGUAGGACUUAUUUUAAGUCCUUGAAGUGCAGAUUGGUUUUUGUACACCUUCGUUGAGGCAUGAGUAACCAGCAAAGACUGACACUAAAGCCAAGUGCUUUUUGAGCUUACUCUAAUACAUGCUAGACAGAACUGUUAAAAGGAGAGAACUUCUUCUGGAGAAGUUUUAUGUCUGUACCAGUUUAAACAUUUGUUCUUUCUUUCUCCUAUAAAGCUGGGCAGAAUCACACGGGACUGGAUUUUAUUUGAGCUGGUUUCAAAUACUAACUGAGGAGCGCUUUAGUGAGUUAGCCAGCAAAACUGACAAUACUCUACCAAACCAGGAGCCAAGUAUAUUUACACACUACCAGCCGCUGAUAUUACCAUUAAAAGGAUAUUUCACUGCCUGGUGGAAGGUUUUCACUCUUUAGCCGGCACACAUCGAAGGAGUCGUCGAUGGGAAGUGUAUUUGGCCGUCACAUACGAACAAAAUAAUGAGAUGCAACGUAAAAUGAGAGCUACUGAUUGCCAGGGUGGCUGUUACAAGCAGCUGACUCCGUAUGAACUUGAGAAAUUUGUGCUAAAAUGUAAAAAUGUUCUACCAAAGUGAAAUAUCUCCUCAGAGGUUUUGAAGGGAAGCUUGUUUUUUCCUCCACAUUUCGGUUGCUGAUUUUCAAGCACCUCAGACCAGACGUUUUGUCAUUUUAAUGCUUUUCCGUGCCAAGCUAUGGACAUGCAGUCAUCACAUACAUAACAUAUGUGCUGUCCAGAAUUUGGCACAGAAAAAUGCCGGUCUGAGCUGGUUGAAUCAGGAUCUCCUCCUCUCCUCGACAUCUCUUUCCUCUUCUUUCCUCCCAUCUCUAACUACAGCAUUUUUCAUCUCCAAUUUCUACCUCUACACUUCAGUUUCUUUCUUCCAUAAUUUCCUCUUUUCAUACAUUAUCUUGUACAUUGACAUCAGCGUUGUGGCCCUAACCAGCUGUAUAAUUUAAAAAAAAAAAAAAAAAGCUAUAACUGAUUCCUUUCUUUUUUUAAAAUAAAAUGUUGCACAAACAAACUUCCCUGCACGGUGCAAACUACUGUAUGCAUACACAC